GCGAUGGCGGGCCUCAGCAAAGAGGAAUACUUGAAGCGGUAUCUUAGUAGCUCAGACUCCGGGAAGCGACGAGACCGGGACCUUCCAGCCGGGCGGAAAAAGCGAAAAGUGAAGAUCAAAGGCGGAGGAAUGCGGAUUGUGGAUGAUGAUGUGACUUGGAAGAGCCUUGCGAAGGAGAAGGCAUUGGAGGUGGAGUCUGGCGAGGAAGAUGAAGCUCCUGUGGUUGCAGAAAUCAUUGAUGAGAGACCGGUAGUUAUUCAACGAAUGGAAGAAUUUCGUUCAAGCAAUAAAUGGAAAAUUUUAGGAGAUGAAAAUGCAGACUCCCAAGACUCAGACCAGUUUUUACAAACACAUACUGACAGUUCAAUAUUAGGUUUUGAUUCUGUAACAGGAAAAAGGAUGGAUCGUGGCUCUCAACUUAGUAAGAAAAAUGUUGACGCUGUUUCUCCUGAAUGUUCAGCUACCACAAGGCAACGCCAUGAUUCUACAGAUGACUCACCUGUUUGGAGCAGGCGCCGUGAUUCUCCUGACCGUUCACCUCCUCGAAAGGGACGCCAUGAUUGUCCUGACUUUUCACCUCCUCGGAGGGGACGCCACGAUUCUCCCGACCUUUCACCUCGGAGGGGACGCCAGGAUUCUCCCGACCUCUCACCCCCUCGGAGGGGACGCCAUGAUUCUCCUGACCUCUCGGCUCCUCGGAGGGGACGCCACGAUUCUCCCGACCUCUCACCUCCUCGGAGGGGACGCCACGAUUCUCCCGACCUCUCACCUCCUCGGAGGGGACGCCACGAUUCUCCCAACCUCUCACCUCCUCGGAGGGGACGCCACAAUUCUCCCGACCUCUCACCACCUCGGAGGGGACGCCACGACUCUCCUGACUUCUCACCUCCUCAGAGGGGACGCCACGAUUCUCCCGACCUCUCACCACCUCGGAGGGGACGCCACGACUCUCCUGACCUCUCACCUCCUCGGAGGGGACGCCACGAUUCUCCCGACCACUCACCACCUCGGCGGGGACGCCACGAUUCUCCUGACCUCUCACCUCCUCGGAGGGAAUGCCACGAUUCUGACCUUUCACCUCCUCGGAAGAAAAAGAUGGAAAACAUGGAAAGAUCAGUCCGAUCUACUACCUUGUCGUAUGGAAAGACCCUGUCCCCAGUGAAACAUAAGGACCGAAGAGCAAGAGGAUCUCCACAGAGACUUCAAGAUUCCGAUUCUGAUCCUUCACCCCAACGAAAGGGAGGUCAGCAUUCUUCGGAUUCAGACUUGUCACCACCACGGAGGAAGAAGCUGGGAAUUCAAACCUCAGACAACAGGCCCAGCUCAGAAAGCUUGGAUAUGUCACCCACUCAGCAGAGGCGACCUACCCAUAAGCACACUUCCUCGAAGGGGCAGGUUGUCAGUCGAGACUCAAGUCCCAACAGAAAGUCACGAGGGAAUGAGAUGCUAUCUGGGGGUCAGGCUGGUCUGGUAUCGACAGAUACAUUAAGGAAAGAGAAAGAGGACCGGAGGAAAAGGGAGCGAGCAGCCGAGCACUUAGCAGAUAACUCCAGAAAUGCAGUCACUGUGUUCCGGGAUAAAUUAGGGAAAAAGAGGGACUUGGAUCAGGAACGGCUUGAACAGAAGAAGAAGGAAGAGGAGAAAGCAGCAAAACUUGAAAAAUAUGCCCAGUGGGGAAAAGGGGUGGCUCAGAAAGAGCAACAGAAACAGAACAUAGAGGAUGCUCUUUACGAGAUGCAGAAACCAUUUGCUCGACAUAUCGAUGAUGAAGACCUGGACCGCCUUCUCCGUGAAAGAGAACGUGACGGUGAUCCAAUGGCUGGGCUAAUCAGGAAGAAGAAAGAGGUUAAGAAUAAAAAUGAGAAGCCACGGUACAAUGGCCCUGCACCACCUCCAAACAGGUUUAACCUGUACCCUGGAUAUCGCUGGGAUGGAGUGGACAGGUCAAAUGGUUUUGAAAAGAAGCGGUUUGCCAGACUGGCUGAGAAGAAAGCAGUGCAAGAGAUAGCAUACAAAUGGAGUGUGGAGGAUAUGUAAACAACUAAAUGGAAUAGCUCUGCACACAGGGACUGUUAUACUGGGAGCAUAGCACUCUGUGAGAAGAGACUUCAUUGAAAGAUGUUACCUCAUGUAUGCUCUGCACAAGGAUGGUUUGGAUUUCAGGGAACUCAAGAAAUGAGUUUUUUAAUUCUAUUAAUAUUUUGUCUUUUUGAAUACCAAGUUUAUACUGUGUAAUUAUAGAUUUGUUUAAUAUAUAGGCUGGUUCUCAUGUGAAUUUUCAUUUUAUUAAUUUUUACAGCCUGAUCCAUGAAUCCAACAGGUAAAAUUAUUUGUUGUUCCCUUCACUGCUCGAGUGGCAUUAAUGCCAAAAUUAGGACAUAUAUUUGAAUUUAUCUAAACUCACAUUUUUGAACAAUGCUCAGCAAAAUAUGUAGGAGGUGGGACAAAUUCUUUCACCCACUUCCUUCCCUAGUCAAGGAAUUUACAACUUCAAAUUAAAGACAUCGGAACAUUCAUUGUGACCCAGUGUUAAAUAUACAACUUGCAUUUUAAUGUCAUUGGUGUGAUCUAUGUAUAUAGAAAGUGUGACAAAAAUAACACAGGCUCUCUAAAAUGCCAUCCAGCAAGAGCAUACUGUCGUAUUUGAUGCCAGGGACUGAUUAAAUAGAAGCAAUGUUGCUGUUUUCUAAUUCUGAAAUCAUCACAAGUUCUAUUCAGUAAUGGUAAAUUUCUUAUACCUGUUGUUCAAUUGUUACGCCUAUUUCAGGUUCAGUGACAAGAUGGUUUGGUAUAUUAAAAGAACAAUUUUUUUUUAUUUUUUGAACAAAAUCAUGGUUAUAUUCUAUAAUUAAUAUAACAACUUGGAACUCAUCCACAUAGAUUCUAAAAACAUAUGUUGA